AUGGUCGAUUUCACAGUCUUUAAGGGCAGUAAGGAGAGAAAGAUCGUCGAAGCAGCCUCACACCGAGAAAUUGGGCCUCAUGAAGUCCUUGUGAAGGUCACUCACCGCGGCCUUUGCGGCACAGAUAUUCACUUCAGAUCUCUCGACGUGGGUCUUGGCCAUGAAGGUGUCGGUGUUGUCGAACAACUGGGCAAGGAGGUCACGCUGUUCAAGAAGGGUGACCGAGCUGGAUGGGGGUACAUGCAUGAUGCCUGUGGACAUUGCAAACAAUGCCUGCGCGGUGCUGAGACCUUUUGUGCCAAAGGAAAAUUGUACGGGACUGCAAACCUUGACCGGGGCUCGAUGGCCACACAUGGCGUGUGGAGGGAAGAUUUCUUAUUCAAGAUUCCCGAUGCGAUUGAUUCGGCAGAUGCCGCCCCGUUGAUGUGUGCAGGCGCUACCGUCUUCAACGCCUUGCAGUUCCAUGGCGUCAAGAGCAUCGAUCGCGUAGGUGUCAUUGGAGUUGGAGGGUUGGGACAUCUGGCCAUCCAAUUCGCCGCAAAGAUGGGUUGCGAGGUUGUCUUCUCUGGGACCGAAUCCAAGAAACAGGAAGCCAUGACCCUGGGCGCAAUGGAGUUCUAUGCUACCAAGGGAUUGACAGGUUUGAAGCCGGAACGACCUCUCGACCAUCUCCUCGUCACCACUUCGCAACAACCUGACUGGAACCUUUAUCUGCCCAUCAUGGCCCCUUCCGGAACCAUUUAUCCACUGACUGUCAGUAAUGAUGAUUUGAGGAUGCCGUAUAUGAGCCUGAUCAUAGGCGGAUUGAAGGUCCAGGGCAGUCUUGUGGCUGCCAGACAGAUACACCGAGAAAUGCUGGAUUUUGCCGCCACUCAUGGCAUCAAGCCCAUCUCUCAAACAUUCCCGCUGAAUGCGGAUGGUAUCAGCCAGGCAUUCCAAAGAUUGGAUGGCAAAAUGAGGUACCGGGGAGUUCUGGUGGCGUAG